GAAAGAAACGUCCUGUGCAAAGGCUCACCUCGAAUAUUCUCGCGAGAAUCUUCGGGAUUUUAAUCAACUUGACCCGAGAUUUGGGAGGUCGUUAACCUUUGCCCUAGGAAAAUGGCGGCUCUGGUGAAAAGAUUUUCUCGUCUAGGCGGUUUUGCCUCGCUUUUGCAGAAGCAGUGUGCAGCUGCCACAGUCCCUGUAAGAUGUCUGAACUUGCAGGAGUACCAGAGUAAGAAACUCCUGGAUGAUUAUAAAGUAGCAGUACAGAGGUUCGGUGUGGCUGACACCACAGAUCAGGCAGUGGAGGUGGCCAAGCAGCUGGCACCAGUCAGAGAAUAUGUCAUCAAGGCCCAGAUCCUGGCAGGUGGGCGGGGCAAGGGAACCUUCAGCAAUGGGGUCAAGGGUGGGGUCAAGUUCACCACAGUUCCAGAUGAGGUUGGUUCCCUGGUUAAGGACAUGCUGGGCUUCAAACUGGUGACUAAACAGACCCCACCUGGUGGUGUCCUGGUACAGAAAGUCAUGGUUGCAGAGUCCGUAGACAUCUCGCGGGAAACCUACUUCGCUAUCUUGAUGGACCGGGAAACCAACGGACCUGUCAUCAUUGCCAGCACGGAGGGUGGCAUGGACAUCGAGGAAGUAGCAGAGAAAACGCCAGACCGUAUUUAUAAGCAACCAGUGGAUAUCCAUGAUGGUCUGUCUGCGGCUGUAGCCAGGCAGCUCGCUCAGAACCUCAAGUUUGAAGGCGAUAAAUUAGAUCAGGCAACGCUCCAGAUCAUGAACAUGUACCAGCUGUUCCUGUCUGUGGACGCCACCCAGGUGGAGAUCAACCCCUUCGCUGAGACGUCUGAUGGGAGAGUGAUCUGUGUGGAUGCCAAGAUCAACUUUGAUGACAACGCAGAGUUCAGGCAGAAGGAAAUCUUUGCGCUGGACGACUGCUCAGAAACAGACCCGCGAGAAGUGCAGGCACACAAACACAACCUCAACUACAUCGGCAUGGACGGCAACAUUGGCUGCUUAGUUAAUGGAGCUGGCCUCGCCAUGGCAACCAUGGACAUUGUGAAGCUACAUGGAGGGGAACCUGCCAACUUCCUGGACUGCGGGGGUGGUGUGACGGAGGGACAGGUCUUUGAGGCCUUCAAAAUCCUCACCUCUGACCCCCAGGUGAAAGCAGUGUUGGUGAACAUUUUUGGAGGCAUUGUUAACUGUGCCACCAUUGCUAAUGGCAUCACUGCAGCUGCCAGGGGCAUUGACCUCAAGAUUCCCCUCAUCGUCAGACUAGAAGGGACGAAUGUUGACGAAGCCAAAAGGAUUCUGAAGGAGAGCGGUCUUCCCAUCAUUCCUGCUGAUGGUAUGGGCGAGGCCGCCAAGCACGCUGUCAACAGCAUACAAUAACAAUCACAGGAUAAAGUCUUGUACAGCAUAUCUUGAUCUUAAAUGUAUAAAAUAACACAAGAUUGUGUAGGGAGACUGUAGGAGUGAUUUGUCUGGGAUCAAAGUACUAGUAAACGGAUACAUAAUACAUCACUGUGACGAUUCUACUACAGUAGUGAAAUUUAUCAUUGAACUUACUGUGAAAAAAGAUAUGAUAGUAAAUGUAUUUUAGGCGACAACCAAGUGAUUUUAUAUUAAAAAUAUCCAAAAAAGUCUUGAAAGAAAUGUGAUUGACGAUUGAUACUAUGGAUAAUCACAGCACAGUAUUAAAUUUACCUCACUACUACAAAUGUACUUUAAGGUGAUGUGGUGUGAUGUAAUGUAAGUCUUUGUCUUAAAGGAAUAGGUUCCAUAAGGGUCUAUGACUUGUGUUUUGUUACUGCCACUUUUUUGCUGAUGAAACAUACUGUAUUUUUGAUUGCUACUUGAUUUUGAUGGCUGCUGUUUCAAAACGUCAGCCAGCCAUGGAGUUUAGCAAGGGGUGUAUCAAAUAAAAGUGGAAGGAUGUAAGAAUGCA